AUGAAAUGUAAGAAUUUUUUUUCUCGGUAUCCAUUUCAUACCCAAGCUGUCAUUGAUGGCGUUGACACUGCUGAAAUGAGUCGGGAACAGCUCGAAGCAUUUGCUGUUAAACUUCGUAAUGAGCUUGAGCGAGAACGAGAGGAACGAAACUUUUUUCAAAUUGAGCGUGAUAAGUUGCGAACGUUCUGGGAAAUCACAAGGAAGCAGUAUGAAGAUGCGCAAAGUGUUAUUCGCAAUAAAGAGCGUGAAGUGGAAAUAGCUCAAGAAAUGGCUGACCUCGACACUAAAAAUGUGAUGCAACAAAUGAAACAUCUUCAAUAUGAGAAUCAGUCGAAAUUAGGUGAAAUGCGAGCUGAAAUGAUGACUCAACUAAAGUUGGCACAAGAAGAUCAUGCGAGUCAAGAACGUGAAUUAUUCAAUGAUAUACGAGAGUUGAAGAAAUUAUGUCGUGAAAAAGAUGAAUACAAUGAACUUCAAAUACAGCAAAUUAAAAUGAAACAUAGCGAAAUGCUCAGCAUGGAACGUGAAAAGUUUCAAAACGAAACAAAAGAAAUGUCAAAUUUACAUGAACGACGUCUUCAAGAAUACAUGGAAAGUUCUGAGAUUUGUCAUCGAAUGGAAAUGAGUGAAGUUGAAGAACGUAAGAAUCAUCAGAUUCGCAAACUCAUUGAUUGUCAUGAGAAGGCUUUUGGUGAGAUGAAAAGUUAUUACAACGACAUUACCAUCAACAAUCUGGCGCUUAUCAGCAGCAUCAAAGAACAAAUGGAGGAAAUGCGUCGACAAACUGAAAGAAAUGAGAAACAAAUGGCAGACGCACAUUCUGCUCAAAGUCGAAACAUUUCUGAACCGGUAAAAGACAACAACGCUGAAGUAAAUGAACUGCGCAAGAAGCUUGAAAACUAUCAACGAGAUAAGUUUGCAAUGAGAAAACUAGAGAAACGAAUGGAAAUUCUUCGCAAACAGUAUGACAAUAUUAAAAUAGAACUUGAUGCAAAAAUCCUACAUUGCGAUAAGCUAACAGAAGAGCGAGAUGAGUUAAACCAAAAGUUUGAAAAAGCAAUUCUCGAUGUGCAGAAGAAGUCAAGCCUUAAGAGUGCUUUGCUUGAACGGAAGUUGAGCUUCCUUGAGAAGGAAACUGAACAACGAGAAUCAUUGCUGGGUGAAGUUUUGAAAAUAUCAAACAUUGAACCAACUGCUAUGAGCACGAGAAUUGAAAAACUUUUAUCACAAAAGAAUGAAAAAAUUCAGGACUUACGAUAUGAACUAGCAAGAGUUACAAAGGCACAUGAUGACUUGCUUGAACUUUUCAAAGCAAAACUGAUUAAAUAUGGAAUUCCAAUAGACGAGCUUGGACAAGUUUUGCCUUUAAAUCAACCGAGAAAAUCAUCAUCGUCGACUUCGCGUGUUAAACGUUAA